AUGGCCUCCACAAACUACAAAGAAGCCUUCGCCCUCUUCGACAAGCGUGGGAACGGUCGCGUCGCUCUCUCCUCCCUGGGAGAUCUGCUAAGAGCGUGCGGACAAAAUCCUACACUCGCUGAGAUUCAGGAUUUGGAGAAGAGUAUGGGUGGGGAUUUUGAUUUCGAGUCAUUUCAAAAAGUACUCAACAGACCAGGCGGUUUCAGAGAUCCAGGCGAGCCGGAAGAGUACUGCCGUGGCUUUCAGGUAUUUGACAAGGAUAUGACGGGCUUCAUUGGUGUGGGCCAAUUGAGAUACAUACUUACAAAUCUCGGCGAGAAAAUGAGCGAUGAAGAGGUGGACGAACUACUCAAGGCAGUAGACACGAGCAGUGGAGAAAUCAAUUACACCGACCUCGUCCGCACUAUUCUAGCGAAUUGA